GUUCGCAACUCAGCGCAGAGGCGUCGUACCAGCUGGGAAGAGGUGGAGGGGCCGGAGCCUGUAGGGCUGAAGUGGGCCGCGCUAGAGGAGGAAACCUUGGCAGUCGUGACCUCGGGAAUUUGUGUUGAUCGCGACCUCCGCGCCAAACUUGCACUUUGACAGACUCCAACACGCAGCCACUACGCGGCUCUCCGACCAUCUAAGCUAUAUCCUCGUGGUCAAAUAGCACCCUGCAACCGCCAUCAUGAGGUUGACAACAGACCUGAUCAAUAGUUCCCUUUCUUUCAUCAACUGUCUCACGGAGCGUGAGCUCGAUCUUCGAGGACAUAAGAUCUCUGCCGUAGAGAACAUGGGCGCCGCACGAAACAACGACGCAAUCGACCUGACCGACAACGAUAUCGCGCAGCUCGGUAACUUUCCGCUCCAACCCCGCCUCCGCACGCUGUUCCUCGGACAAAACCGCAUCUCGAACAUCCAGCCAAACCUAUCUACAAGCAUUCCAAACCUGCAGACUUUGGUCCUUACAAAGAAUCGCCUUACAGAGCUCGCUGAUCUUGAUCCGCUCGGCGGUUUCAAGAAACUCGUGUUCUUGUGCGUCAUCGGCAACCCAGUAGCGUCUAAGGAGAAUUACCGAUACUGGGUGAUUUGGCGAUGUCCUACUAUACGAUAUCUGGAUUUUGCCAAGGUUAAAGAUGUAGAGCGCAAGAAGGCAGAGGAGCUGUUUGGUACGUCAGACGAGCCAACUGAAUUGGCCAGCAAGAUCAUGGGUGUGAAAUCGACGGGCUUCGUCGCGCCAAUCACAAAUGGCGCCGACUCUUCGUACAACAAGGACCGCAUCUAUACAGACGACGAGAAGAGCAGGAUGCGCGCUGCUAUUCAGGCAGCUAGCAGUCUGGCUGAGAUGGCGAAGCUGGAGAAAGACUUUGCAGAGGGCAGGAUUCCUGCCCAUAUCUUAGCGGGCGGAACAGCAAUGGAGUCGUGAAGUGUGAUUCUGCAAUCGCGAGACACGAUAUGAGCGCAGCAGCAGUAGAAACAGCCGAAGCCGCAGCUUCAAAGCUGUCUGCUAUCGCACAGAGGAGAAGGAAAGGAAAGGAGAGGAGAGGAGAUGAAUAAAGCAGACGAGAGCAGACGAGAGUGGUGUCUCGACCAACAAGGGCGUUGGCACAAGCUCCUCCAGUACCAUGCUGCAUGAGCUGGAACCUGGGUGGAUGAAUCAAGAA